AUGUCACUCGGCUUAACUGAGUAUUGUCCAGUCUACGCGCCGUUCUUUGGUGCAGUGGGAUGCACAGCGGCGAUCAGCCUAUGUUGUACCUAUGGAACUGCGAAAUCCGGAGUGGGAAUCGCAGCCAUGGGUGUACUUCGACCCGACUUGAUGGUGCGGGCAUCUGUGCCCGUCGUGAUGGCCGGUAUCAUCGGCAUCUAUGGGCUUGUUGUAUCAGUCGUUAUUGCCGGAGGCCUGGGGUACACGAUGCCCCUAUAUACCGGCUUUGUCCAACUCGGCGCUGGUUUCUCAGUUGGUCUGUCUGGGUUGGCCGCCGGGUUCGCCAUUGGCAUUGUAGGUGAUGCUGGUGCAAGAGGGUUUGGACAGCAGCCAAAGAUCUUCGUCGGGAUGAUCCUAAUUCUCAUCUUCGCCGAGGUGCUUGCUAUCUACGGACUUAUCGUCGCUCUCAUAUUGACCACUGCUGCGACUUCUGGGGAUGUCGCUAACGCUGUACGUGUUGCCGUGUCACUGCUGGAAUGUGUGCUAAUGGGUGUACAAGUGUCGCGUUGGUUGAGCUGA